AUGGAUCGAAGCUAUACCCUUACCAACGUGAAUCAGGAAGAUGUGAUCGAUUUUAUCCAGAAGCAUAUUAUUUAUAGAUUUGGAAUCCCAAAGAUUGUCAUAACAGAUCAAGGGUCAGUAUUCACUGGUCGAAAGAUGCAAGAAUUUGCUAACGAAAUGGGUUUCAAACUAUUAACUUCAACGCCCUAUUAUGCUCAGGCUAAUGGACAAGUCGAAGUUGCUAAUAAAGUUAUCAUUGGUUUGAUUAAAAAACAUGUGGGGAAGAAGCCUAUAAAUUGGCACAAAACUCUAGAACAGAUUUUGUGGGCAUGUCAUACCUAUCCCAAAGAAGCCACUAAGUCGACCCUUUUUCAGCUGACUUUUGGUCAUGAUGUUGUUUUACCAGUAGAGAUUCACCUACAAUCCAUAAGGAUUCAAAGGCAUCAUGAAAUUCCAACAAGAGUCAUAUUGAAGCAUGAUGCUGGAUGA